AUGGGCUUGGAAAACUCUACUAUUUUUCAGCUUCCUUCGAAUCUUAUUAUUCAGGUUUUGAAAAAUUUCACAUUUCAAGAGUGUUAUAAAGUUCGUUUGACUUGUAAAACACUGAAAAAAUUGAUUGAGGAGAAUCAGAAAUACUUGGCGUCGACGGAUAUUUAUCAUAUUGAUUUAGAAAGAAGACGUGUGAGAGCAUGGAGAAACUUUUCAUGGUGUGACCGCAUUCCGUUCGAAUCCAUCGAAUACAUUUCGAAGUUUUUCUGUUUCGUGAAUGUGAAGGUGUUGACUGUGAACAAUUUGGAUGAAGAGCUUUGUACCUUCUUGACUGAAAAUGCUCAGAAGAAUAAGUUAAGAUUCGAGCAACUCAGAUUGUUCCAUUCUUUCUCAGCAUCUCAUGAAUCCAUAUGCCAACUUCUCCAAGCUGCCAAAUGUCGUGUCAUCAACUUUGAAGCCGUGGAAAGUAAUUUGCAACCGAUUCAUUUAGAGUUAGAGGGCUAUAAAAAACUCAACUCUUUGUGUUUUGAAAUGGAUGACAGCAUUGACGAGGAGUUUUAUGAUUCGAUUUUGAACAAUUGUGAGGCGAAAAAGUUCAUUUUUCAUUCAUGCGAUAGAAUCCCUCAGAGAUUUGUUAGAAAUAUGUUUGAACAAUGGCUCAUUGGCUCACGUGAACUGGAAGCGGUGCGUAUCACCACCAAUCAAAAUUUUAACUUUGGUGAUAUAAUUUCUGGGCUGAAUAUUCAAAAUGUAGAUAGAUCAACAUGGACAAUGAAGAAUGUAAAAGGAGAUAAAGCUACUAUCACCAUGCGACGUAAUAACUUCCACUUCUUCGUCGCCUUCGAAGUGAACGAUCACCACAUCGAGGACAUUCUCUACAAAAUUCCAUUCAUUGAGUAA